GUAUCGAGUUGUGCCCAUAAUUUGAGCACAUCGGCAGUUAGAAGAAUUGGACACGCCACCCUGGGAGUCCAAAGUCAUAUUGGUACACUGAAGUGAAACGGAGAGAAAUUGUUCCUUUUCUAUUAUCUGUUUAAGCGGAAUCGUCCUGGCCGAUGGUCGCAGUGCAUCGAGGCUCUCUAAAGUUUGUGUGGUAGACAGAGUGGUACUAGUGAGAGAUUGUUCAGAUCGUUUAGGAUAAUUUGCCGAUUUUUCUGUGAAGUUGUUGCCGCCGGUACCUGGUGCUAUCGAUCCGACCUUCGUUGCGCAGGAUUGAAGGAAGUCAUGGCGACGUGUGUGAGUAGUAGCGUCGCUCUGCAGUCAAUCGAGUUGAACGGCAGUCGAUUAGAAUCUUCACCUUCUCCCAGUUUCUCACCAUUGCCUAAACUCUUUCAAGUACCCAGAUGUUUCAGGGCCAAGGGACUUAAGGUGAGGGAAGAUUGUUGCACACGGAAAGCCAGGUACAUUGUAGUGAGGGCGACGUCGACAGGGGAGGGAGUGUCGUCUCCAUCAUCCAGCUCCACAGAUGUUUUCAAAUCCCUUGAGGCUGUUGUGGUGACUAAGAACGGGGAAGCUGUGAAAGAUGAGCUUGAUAAGCUCAUGGAGCAGGGCCAGACGAAGUUAUGGAGCUCGUCGGCAAACAUCUCGAGGCGCAACACAUUUAUGACAGAGCUCACUAGGUUGGGGAUCAAGAACGCUGAGGAGCUCGCCAUCCCCAGCGUUCGCAAUGACGCGGUGUUCCUCGCUUCUGUGGUUGGAGUGACGAGUGUUAUCGCCGUAGCUGCUGGACAAUUGCCUGGCGAUUGGGGUUUCUUCGUACCGUAUCUCGUGGGCUCUCUCUCUCUUGUGGUGCUCGCUGUCGGGUCAGUGGCUCCCGGUCUAUUCCAAGUGGUGAUUGACAAGUUUUCCUCUACGCAAGGUGAUUACAAAGAGAGGAUUCUUCGCCACGAAGCGGCUCACUUCCUGACCGCGUACAUGGUAGGACUCCCCAUUGUGGACUACAGCUUGGAUCUCGGCAAGGAGCAUGUCAAUCUUCUUAACGAAGCGACUGAGAAAAAAAUCUAUGAGGGUUUGGAUUCAAAUUUGCUCGACAGGUUGGCUGUGGUGUCCAUGGCAGGUUUGGCGGCGGAGGGCUUGAAGUACGACAAGGUGAUGGGGCAGUCAGCUGACCUGUUCUCCUUGCAAAGAUUGCUGAACAGGAGCAAACAACCAUUAAAGAAUGUGGAGCAGCAGAAUUUGACGAGAUGGGCAGUGUACUACGCAGCUUCUCUCAUCAAAAACAAUGCCAAGGCAUAUGAAGCUCUUAUGGAAGCUAUGGCGAAGCAACUCUCAGUUAGUGAGUGCAUCAAAGCUAUAGAGCAAGCUUAGGUGAUGUAAUUCGUUUCUUAAAAAAAUUCUCGUUUCGCUUAUUUAUUCUUUGAUUUUAGAGUAGCAGUUGGGCAAUCUGUACGAGUACCAUGAUAGAAGUCAAUCAGUGGCUCGAUUUUGUAUGUUGUGCGAGAUGAAACUAUUUCCACCAAUUACGUGAGGACGACAAAUAAUUUUGUAUUUUGGAAAUGCUGUCGUCCAUUGUGAAGAUUUGUAUAGGGUAAGGUAAAGAUUGAAGAUUCGUUUGUUGUUAGCAAACAAGAAUUUCAAUAGAUUUUGGUCUAGUAA